UUUAAACUUUAGUUGCGAGAAAAGAAACGCCUGAGAAACUCCUCCGUCUUCCGCCCCUCGAAACUCCGGCGACUCCGUACCUCCGCCGCUCCGCCGGACGAACUGUCUCGCUCCGACCGAUCGAUCGGUUCCCCAUGGAGGUCUCGUGCUUGUGACCUCCGCCGCCUCCGUCGCCGCUGGAGUCUCGGGAUUUCGGGAGGGGAGGAGCUGGGAAAGGCCGUCGUCGGGAGUGGCGUGAUGGGAUUUUGCAUAUGCCCGUUGGAUACUCCGGCGAGGUUGCUCUGGAGCACCAGCUUCUUCCGCCACAAGCUCAUGCUCUUCUAAUUUCCGCGACAUCCCUAGCUCGUGUUUACUACUAGUACUGCUAUCUAUAGUACGGCCGCGCGCGGCUAAGCGGUCUCGUGUUACGCCGGAGGAUCGGUUCUCCGGAGAUUUGCGACGCGGGCGAAAGCAUAGAGAGAUCGAGAGAAUGAAUUCUAUGGAGUCCGGACGAUUUCUCUUUGAUCAAUCCGCGUGCCAGGGCAACAUGCUGUUCCUUGGGAGCAGAGAUUCGCUUUUUGGAGGAGGGGGAUCGGCUAUGGGAAUUGAGGAGGCCACGAAGAGGCGAUCAAUUUUCUGCUAUCCUGAUGAACUUUUCAACGAGGAAUAUUACGAUGACCAGUCACCGGAGAAGAAGCGCCGCCUCACUCCGGAGCAGGUGCAUCUGUUGGAGAAGAGCUUUGAAGCAGAGAACAAAUUAGAACCGGAGAAAAAGACCCAGCUGGCAAAGAAGCUGGGCAUGCAGCCAAGGCAGGUGGCUGUGUGGUUCCAGAACCGUCGAGCCCGGUGGAAGACGAAGCAGCUUGAGAGGGACUAUGAUGUCCUCAAGUCGUCUUAUGACUCUUUGCUCUCGAAUUAUGACUCCAUCAAGAAAGAGAAUGAGAAGCUCAAAUCUGAGGUCAAUUCCCUGAACGAGAAGCUGUCAGCCAAAGAUGUUGCCGGAGCACUGGCCUCGGGUCAAAGUUCCCAUGCACUUCAUGAGGAGGAAACCCGAGAUUCAUCCCUUGGGUUUGUGGUGAAGGUGGAGGACCGCCUGAGUUCCGGGAGCGGCGGGAGUGCCGUGGUGGAUGAGGACGGGCCGCAGCUUGUGGACAGCGGCCAUUCGUAUUUUCAUUGCGAUGACUACCCGGAAUGCUUGGUGGCCAUCGAUGGGGUGCAGUCAGAGGAGGAUGAUGGAAGCGAUGAUGGUCAGGUUUACUGCUCGGGGAUUUUUGCCGCAGCUGAAGAGCCGCAUCAAGAGGGAGGCGAGCCUUUGGGAUGGUGGGCAUGGCCCUAGUUUUAGUUUUCGCCUGUGUCUUAAGGAUCUCCGUUCUCGUAAAUGGUUCAAGUCACUAUGUACUCAUGAUACUAUGCAAUGUAAACUUUGCCGGUAUAGCUGGGAUCCUGAAAACGGAACUUUGGACAUGAAUAAAACUGAAAUGUUUGGUCAAA